UCGGCUGCCGCGAAAACCCGGUUCUGCAGAGCGCACCAGACCUCGGCGCCGCCGGGAGCCGCACUGGGCAUGCUCGGCUCUCGCCGGCUCUGGCGCCCGUAGGUGGGAAGCUCCGGCUCCCGGCGGCGGAGCUCUUAACCCGCAACGAGAAGAGGCGCGGGCGGAGGCGGAGGUUGGUACGCGCUCGGUGCUGCAGAGUUCCCCGGGUGGCCAUGGCGAGCGGCGCACGGCGACCACCCGAGUGGCGCAGUGGUGUCAGAUCCUUGAUCAAAUACCAACUCCAUGGAUCCAGGACAGGUCUGUCCCAUGGCCUGCUCUGAACAGUGUGCAGUCUGAUAGAAGAUUCCAUCGGCAAACCAUCUCUGGCCUUACGGAACAAGCAAAGAAGAUGGGUCUUCUGAAGAGCCAUCUGACUGUGUGUUUACCACCUUCUGUGCCCUUUUUAAUCCUAGUAUCCACUCUAGCCACUGCUAAGAGUGUGACCAACAGCACUUUAAAUGGCACUGAUGUGGUCUUGGGCUCCGUGCCCGUAAUCAUUGCCAGAACUGACCAUAUCAUAGUCAAAGAGGGGAACAGUGCCUUGAUUAAUUGCAGUGCUUUUGGCAUUCCUGACCUAGAGUAUAAGUGGUAUAAUUCUGUUGGCAAGCUGCUGAAAGAAAUGGACGACGAGAAGGAGAGAGGAGGAGGAAAAUGGCAAAUGCUGGAUGGCGGCCUCCUGAACAUCACCAAGGUGUCUUUCUCAGACAGAGGCAAAUACACAUGUGUGGCGUCUAACAUCUAUGGCACUAUAAACAACACGGUGACCCUGAGGGUCAUCUUUACCUCCGGAGACAUGGGUGUGUACUAUAUGGUUGUGUGCCUCGUGGCCUUCACCAUCGUCAUGAUCCUCAACAUCACCCGCCUGUGUAUGAUGAGCAGCCACCUGAAGAAGACUGAGAAAGCCAUCAAUGAGUUCUUUAGGACAGAAGGCGCAGAGAAGCUGCAGAAGGCUUUCGAGAUUGCGAAACGCAUCCCCAUCAUAACCUCAGCCAAAACUCUAGAGCUCGCCAAAGUGACUCAGUUCAAGACCAUGGAAUUUGCUAGGUACAUUGAAGAGCUGGCCAGGAGCGUGCCCCUGCCUCCCCUCAUCAUGAACUGCAGGACGAUCAUGGAGGAGAUCAUGGAGGUGGUUGGGCUGGAGGAGCAGGGGCAGAAUUUUGUGCGGCAUACCCCAGAAGGCCAGGAAGCCCCAGAUAGGGAUGAGGUAUACACAAUCCCCAACUCUCUGAAGCGAAGUGAGUCCCCCACAGCUGACUCAGAUGCUUCGUCAUUGCAUGAACAGCCUCAGCAGAUUGCCAUCAAGGUUUCAGUUCACCCCCAGUCCAAAAAGGACCAUGUGGAUGAUCAGGAGGGAGAAAACCUUGAGGUCAAAGAUGAAGAGGAGACAGAACCAUCGGAGGAACAUUCCCCAGAGACUGCAGAGCCAUCCACAGACAUAACGACCACAGAGCUGACAUCUGAGGAGGCAUCACCUGUAGAGGCACCAGAACGAGAACUGCCACCAGCACACCUAGAAACAACAGAACCAGCAGUGACAUGUGACAGAAACACCUGCAUUAUUUACGAAAGCCAUGUCUAAUCUUAACUCCGAAAAGCUAUGCAUAUCAAGAAAAUCAGGGGCUGCUCCUUAAUACAAAUGUAGUAUGCACUUGCCGCUAAGCCUUACCAGGAGACGCUCAUCCCUUAGGUAAGAGUGAUGCCCCCUCCCCCAGCGAGAGGGAAGACACCUGCAUGGAGCUCAUGUGACUGGAAUCACCCCGGUAGAAAAAAAAUCUGGAGUGCUGGGGUACAGAACUGAUAAGACGGAGCAGGGGUCUGUCCGUGUGAUCUAAGUUGUAGAGGUCAUUCUCUGCCAAAUUCCUUAAUUGGUAAUGCCCUUUUGGCCAAGAGUACACUGUUGUCAUAAGCUGUUCUGAGUUCAGGAACCCUGUCUAACGCGUACUGCAUUGCUUUUCCUUUGAAAAUUACAGGUCUGCUACAGUAGCAAAUGCUCACCAUGGGUUUGUUGCACUUUAUUUUUCGUUUUCAUUAUCUUCGCCAUUCUUUUCUAAUGGAGUAGUUAUUAUAUUAAUAUUAAUUGCUCUUUCUGCUGGAAUCUUCUGUGUCACCUUUGUCCUUAUUUUCCCUUAGUAGGUUGACCUCAGAAUCCUGGGUGUCAGUCACUGACACGGCUGACAUCUGUAAGUCAUGUGUAAUGCUGCAAAGUAGUUGCAACACUCCUUUUUCUUUUCCUUAAUAUUCUCUUGAAAAAUAUUAAUAACCUCACAUCUAUUUUUCAUAUACUUUUUGUUUUCAACGAAGCUGCUAUUGUAAAACUGAGAAAAACUUUGCCCCUAGAUAGCACUUUAAGAGUCAAAUAAAAAUGUUUACCUGUCCAGUUCUGAGAGCAUUCAGCUGUGGUGUACAGCAAGAUUGUAAACGCUUAACUCUACUGUCAGCACUCAUGAAAGUGGUUUACAUGGAGGUGUAAAACCAAACGAAGACAGGUUCUUUCCCUGGAAGAUUUGCUUCCAAAGACAGAGGUGUCUGGUGAUUUCCUGUAGGUACAGUGUGUCAGCUUCCCACUAAGCCUUGGACGACCCAUAGGGUAUGGUCAGCUCUGCAGUAGAUUUAAGGCAGCAACUAGAGGCUCUGUGAACAGCAUAACCAGGUCCCCUUUAGACUACACACUUGACUUGUUGGUCAUUGCAAGAUGAGGAUAAGAAAAUAGAUGGUUUUUAUCCUGAAAUGAUUGAAUUAUUUGUCCCACUAAAAUGCAGUAUGUGUAAGGCAGCUUGAUAUUAGAGAAAAAAGACAAACCAGCCAUCCAGAGGUUUAAUACUUGACUGUGCCAAUAACCAGAUUGUUUGGUAAGUCUGGGCCUCAGUUUCCCUCUCUGUAAGACAGGGCAAAGUGGAAUGAACUCUGAGUAUCAUGAUUAUUUUAAAGACUUUUUUGCUUUCAUCUCUGGGUUACCAAGCCACUUUUAAUGCUGUGUUACUUACUCAAAUGAGAAGGAGCAUAGCAUUUUCACCAAAACUGAGAAUCGUUCCCCACCAAAAAUAAAUUACGAGGUUCUCUUCUUUGAUUUAGAUUUAAUCUCAGUAAGGAUGGUGAGUGCUGUUAUUUUAUUUUUAAAUACAAACAAGGAAGACUAAAGCUUUAAAACAGGUAUCAGAGGCAGCAUAGUAUAUGGUGGGCACGAUGGAGUUGUGACUUCAGAGGCUGCAUGGGUUAUCAAAACAGACCCAGAUGUUUAAUGACCAGGUAAUCACCAUCAGAGGAAGUGGCCAUAGACGACUGCUUUCUCAGACUAUGCUGGUACCGGUCGGUAGAGUAGAUAGCCCUUGAAGCUCCCUAAGGGUUUUGUGGGAAGUCUUCAAAAUGUAAUGAUCCUUUUAAGUCAGUGGGACAAAAGUGGGUACGUUAGGUGAGGCGCUUGUGUGACCUGAGCUCACAGCAGGUGUGUCUGUAAGUGAGGGUAGUAGGAUUGUCUGCAGAAGUGAUCGGGACAAGAUUAUCGACAAUUUGUAUGGAAAGAAAUCUGACAAGACUUGGAGUUUGGUCAGAUUUACCCUUUAUGAGAAAUUCCUUAUUGGCUCCUAAUUCAAAUGGUUACAUAAAGAAACCUGUAGCCUGCAGCCAUAAGAAGCCACGACUUCUUUGGGGGCUCUCUGGAUGAGGGCUUUACAGGGUUACACUGAGGAAAACUUUUAUUCCCAGCUCUUAGAAUAUACAGUUUAUGACUUUCAUGAAGAGUGACAAAUACUCACUUUUGCUAUAUAUGCCCAGAGUACCAACAGGGACUAACUACUGAAUGUUUUGUGAUGAUAUGUGACCUCUGUUCUAUUCAGCUCUCACCCAUCCAAACUCAUGUAUAGAAUUCCCCAUGGAAACUGCAGGGCAAGGAACCCACUCCAUACAGAUACUGAUUUAGGAGAGUAAGCUAAAGGACGCAUAUUUACUAUGAAACAGGAGCUGAGAGGUAUGACCAAAGAAUGUUCCAGAUUGACUUGGAUUCUUUAGCCUGCAGUGGGACGGAGAGUAAGGGGAUGAUUUUUUCAAACCUCCCUCUUUAAGGCAUCAGAUGUUCUACCUUAAAGGGAGCUUGGCUUCACAUGGAAUUUCUCUAUCCAGAUUCUAUGCUCUGUACAUCCCUCUGCAAAACCUCCCAAAACGAGAAUAGCCUCUUAUGAGAAUAUGAAAUGUAGAAGACCUCAUAACAACUCAACUGAGAGUUUCUCCCCAAAGUGAACCAUUCACAUUAGAAUUCUUCAUGGAGUCCCAUUGACCAUACACACGUGCAUGUGUGUGCAAAACGGACUCAUUUGGGCAGUUUUAAAAGUGCAACAUUCAGUCCCAGCACUCAACAUUUAAUCCCAAUCUUUGGAUCUGUUAUAGUCAUUCUUUAAAAAAAAAAAUCAGUUUCUGGUUUCUGACUCAUCUUGGUUAUACCUCUAGCAAUUUUUUUCUUGAAAUUCUGAAAAUGAUUCACAUACAUAUGCAUAUUUAAUUCUCUUAGAUAAUCUAUAAGCUUGGAUGGUAUUUAUUCUGAAUGGGAAAAAUACCCAAAAUUUUAUAUGGGAAAAAAAUCUAUGUAAUUUAUAAUGGUUUGUUUUAUAUAUUUAUAUUUUCAUAUCUUUAGAGCACAUCUGUUGUUCUCAUCUUUUUGUACAUCACAGUUGGCAAAAAGAAAUACUAAUACUUGACUAAAAUCUCUAGGAACCAAAUGUGAUAUAUGUGAUACAUAAUGUAUAUAAAUUGCUCUAGAAAUACCUGAAUGUUCCCACCCAAGCCAAACACUGUUUCGUCAUUACAGCCAGAAUGUCUGGGGUGCUUACAAACAUUACUUUUUCACAGGGAAGAUUGAAAGGCCUGAUAUCCUACACAGUGGCUCUCAGACUCUCUUUCCCUUCGUUAUCUUGUUUGUCCUUGAACUGAGCGCAUCCUUCAAAAGGGCAAAAGAGAGCCAGUGAGAAAGGCACAGAAAUGAACUAGUUAUGGCUGAUGUAAAUCCCGUUAACAGGCUGAGGGCUUUAAAUCCCAGGCUCGGGUGCCGUUCACUGGGGAUGCGGCAUCUGCUCAGUUCUAUUGCACACAAAGGGUAGGGCAUGAGGAAUGAAUGAAUGCUUGCAUGUUUUGAACAGACACGGUGGACAUUUAGUGUAGCUACUGUUGGUGUCUUUGGGGAUCCCCAUGUGGCACUGGAAGAAGUGUUCUAGAAAAUCAAAUCAGUUACCUUUUCUUACAUGGUUUGAAGUAGUAUGUUUAUCACUGUUAGAACUUUUAAAUGGCAGUCCCAGUGGUUACAAGAACUAGGGAUUUCUUUUCAAUGUUUUCAUUUGGUAAGAAAUGGUCAUCAAAGUCUCUUUAAAACAAUAUUUUCUCAGUACAUUCAACUGCUUUCCUCAUAUGUCUUAGCAUAUCUUCUUAGAAACCCCCUACAUAGUUUCUGUUUCUACUGUUGCUUCUUAAACACUUACUGGUAGUCUUUAAAUACCACUCAAACUCCAUAUUUACACACACACAUGCACACGGUUUUGAACAUCUAUUAACUUUAAGAUAUUGAUUUUAAUAAUUUCACCAAUAAAGCCUUCAAACCAAUAACUAAGUUCAUUUUCCUAGUGACCCUUUUAUGAUUUCUUCAGAGAUUAACAGGUUUUGAUGAAACAAAUCAUUUGUGGGUAAAAUAAUCAAAUAAUACAUAAUUAUUUAUUAUAUUUUGCAGAAGACAAGUGUUUGAUUAUUAUACAAGGAAAAUCUCAUGUAUGAAGGAUGCUGUUUAAAUGACUUCUUUUCUUUAAAAAUGGGCAUGUAAAGUGGGCUACCACUGAGAAUACUACAAUCACUAAAAAUAGCUAGAAUAAAGCUAGAAAGUAAACAAUUCUAAGAACAUUAUGGAAAAAAUAAUUUUAUGAUUUAACCAAUUAUAAAAGCCUCAAAAUGUAUCUCUAAUACUACAGAUCCAUGAACAGUGAGUUGGUUUCAGAGAAUAUGUUCACAUCUCUUUUUGGUUUACUGUGCUUCACUCAUUCUGAACAUUCUUUGUUAAACUGGAAAUGAGAAAUGAGAUGGAAGAUGUUACCAGGAAGAAAUAGGAAAGAAUUUAAAGCUAUAAACAAGUGACUAAGAUAGGAGUUGAUCUCACUGUAGUAAAAAGAACCCAUGGCUUGUGAUCCAUCCUGUAGUCUGUUGCUUUAAUAAAGGGUUUACACAGGUG